AUGAAAAAAUUACCAACUGAUUCUUACGUAGAUAUUAAAUUAUUUAAAAAUGAUUUAAAAGAUAUCGAUGAGAAAUUUAUUCGAAACAUUGAAUCGAUUUUUAAAAUAAUCUUAUUUAAUAGUGAAAUGAGUUAUCUAUUCAUGACCAACGAUGCUACCUAUGUUUAUGGCAAAGAAAUAUGCAAAUGGUUAUGGUUAAAACAUGAUCCAAAACGACCACAACAGAUUAACAUUUUGAAUGGCAAGAAAAUUAUUCAAGUAGAAUCCGGUCAUAAUUUUAUUGUCGUUUUAACUGAUGAUGGAUCAGUGUAUCUAGCCAGUGAUGAUUCAUUUUGGCAAACAAAAAAUACUUUGCGAUUAAUCUCUACCGAUAAUGAUCGUUUUGAAAUGAUAGCAUGUGGAUAUUAUCAUUUGUUAUUGUUACGGAAAGAUGGCAUUGUUUUCGCUUUUGGAUAUAAUAAAUAUGGUCAAUUGACCGGNGAUGCAAAAGUGCCGACAAAAAUACCCAUUGAAAAUGUGCAAAGUGUGGCUUGUAUGAAUAAUUUUCCUUUUUCAUUGGCUUUGGAUCAAUCAUCACAUUAUUAUGUAUUGAAUUGGAUGAAAGAUAGCAAAUGGUUACCGUUCAAAAAAUUGAAUGGUCAACCGAAAUCAUUUGCAGCUGCAUCAGCAAUAGUAUAUGAAUCACCAAUCACUUAUGGCCUAACAUCAACUAUCUAUGUGUUUGAUUUGCAUGAUCCAAUAUCAUUUAUUGGAUUAUUAAAUAAUCCGGAAAAUUAUGAUGUCGAAUUUGUUAUCGGUGACAAACGUAUAAUGGCUUUAAAGUAUUACCUAAAAAUGACAUCAAAAUAUUAUAGUCGAAUGUUUUCAGGUGAUUGGCAGAAAGAUAAUCGUGUUACCAUUCAUGAUUAUAGUUAUGAUGUUUAUUAUUCAUAUCUACAUAUGUUACAUACUGGCCGGAUUCGAAUCAAACAAUACAAUAUAUUCAAACUUAUUGAUUUGGCUAAUUGUUAUGGUGAUGAACGUUUAAUGAAACAUUGUCAAACAUUCAUACAAAAACUUAUAAAUCAAUAA